AUGCUGGCUCUGACAGAGCCCAAUGAAAUCCAUGGUCUUGCAUUGGUAGAGCCAAUGGCAGACUGGACCGGGCUGGACGACGUCGUUGAACAGCUACAGACCGUUGAGACAUUCUCGACCUCACAAAGGAGGCAGAAGCAGAAGCUCACACACCGCUAUGGGGAAGAGAAGGAAUCAGUCAUUGCAGCGGCCAAGGCAAUGAUCAGGUUACGAGCGAGUUUGUUUCAGACACCAUCCGCUUACUUUGAUCCAUUUGCCAGUCCGAUGCUAUUCCUCCGUGCGCCGGGCAAGGACACGCCUCUAGCAAGUACAAUAGCGGAUCAGUCGAUCACUGGCACGAGUCUGGACCAACUCGAUGGCUAUGCAGAUUAUGAAACCGCUGACCCUGCCACUGAUGACUCGCAGGAAUCCAGGCCUGUGAUUGAUAGGGACAGCGGUUUCAGAUUGAUGACCACGACACAGCCUCGCCGUCGAAAAGUCCUCAGACGCUGGCCCGCCGUGGGGAACCCUGAAUCCGUCACCUUGCCGUAUGUGGGGGUCUUCGUGGCACCUCCGAGUGUUCGAGAUGUGCACCAGCCGAACUCCGAAGCAGAUGAUCUUGCCAGGGGUCAUGCAGCGCUGAUGCGGGCGCAGGGACUUGAGUUGGUUGAAUUGAUGCGGCGUGCUUGUUUUCUUGGCCGAGAGAAGAGCUUUGCAGAGGAGCGUGUUCAGAUUCAUGAAGGACCGGAUCAGCUGCAGAAACAGCAGCAGAUGAUGAAGGCGGAAAUGCAACAAAGUGCCAUUGACUGGGUCGCGAGAAUGUUCCUCAGCGACUGA